CACAAGCAUUUUUUUUCGAUAAAUACAUUUAAAAAAAUGUGACUAAGGUAAACAUUCUAGUUUUUUAAUAAAUUUAACGCAUUCCUAGUCUUAGACUAGUAUUUAAAUGAGUACUUAAGCGAGUAUAAAUAAAAUUUAAAAAAAAAGACAAUAAUGGGCAAGAAUCAUCAUUAGUUUCAAUGUAACAAGCUUUUAAUAAUUAAUCUCUUGCACGUAUACUCGUGCACAACAUUGCCCCCGUCCACGCUCAAAUCGAAAAAGCGACACGGAUGUGCGGUGGUCGCACACUUCGCCACCACUCAAACAGAAGCAGCGGCGACACACGAGCCAGUCGGGCACCCUUCUGAGCGCGUGCAACGCGGUGCGCAGCAGCUGAAGAAGAAGAAGAAGACGAUGACGAAGAGAAGAUGGAGGGUGAGGGAGGCUACGCUGCUAUAUGUAGUCCCGAAUCUUAGCCGGAGCAACUAUUACGUUCGAAAUCUUCGAGGCGGACGCACCCCUGUAUUUAGCAACAGGUACAGGGUACACGAUAGGCUACCGAAAACCGCGCGACACCGUCGAGGGUUCAACAUUUGUUCACAAUAUCUUUGAACUUAAGUAAUCCUUACAAUUAGUGAUCGUGUGUGACAGUGAAGUUAGAUCAGACAGAUCUAAGGUAUGGUUUGUGUAAUUGAGACAAUCAAAUAGAGAGAAGAAGACGAAUUGCAAUAAGAGAGAAAAUGCCGAGGGCAUUUCUAAUCACUCACCGACGAUACAACGGAGUCGAAGAAGAGUUCAAUGGAUCCGGAAGAGAUUUUAGUCCUGAAAGAGGCGUAAGAUUGGCCGAUUACAGCGGAAACCAUCCAACUUCUGACGGUGCGAGUGAAUGCGGUAGCGAGACAUCAUCAGAAUGUCCCGAGGAAUUAUACAAUCUCACGAAAUUGGCAGAAGUGAGCUUAGCCGCAGCCGCUGGUACACUGAUUCAUCCCAAUAACGUGAUUUAUCAGCAACCAGCUUCGCCAAGGUGUGCUCAAUUUUCGGACAAAUGCGGCAGAAUGGUAACACCACGAACAAAACAGCAAGAAUUACAAUUUCGAGAUCAUCCAGGAACCCUCGAAGAUGAGCAGACGCUUGGUGAAAGAACGAGGAUCUUCUUCGAGAGAAUCGAGUGCGAACGUGAGAUUUUGCAGAAUUGUUCGGAAAGAAAUACAGUUUUAGGCAUCCACGUUCCGCCUCAUUCUCAUCACUUGCAAGAGGAACAUCGAAGUCUCGAAGCUGAGAAUUCACUUGACAAAGCUGAAUUAGAAUCAAUUCAAUCAACAUCCUCGACAAUCUCCCAAAACCGAAGAACGACCUCAACUUCAACGGAGGCGUCGAAAUCCGAAGAUAAUGAGGAUCACGAAUGUCCUGAUUGUGGAAAGAAGUACUCCACAUCCUCGAAUCUAGCCAGACAUCGACAAACGCAUAGAUCUCUCGGAGACAAGAAAGCUAGAAGAUGUCCACAUUGCGAUAAAGUCUAUGUUAGUAUGCCUGCAUUCAGUAUGCAUGUUAGAACGCAUAACCAGGGAUGCAAGUGCCAUUAUUGCGGCAAGUGUUUCUCGAGACCAUGGCUUCUGCAGGGACACAUACGUACUCAUACAGGUGAGAAACCAUUUAAAUGUACGAUCUGCAAUAAAGCGUUUGCUGACAAAUCAAAUUUACGCGCCCACAUACAAACGCACUCAAACACCAAGCCAUAUGUGUGCGGUCGCUGCGGUAAAGCAUUUGCUUUGAAGUCAUAUCUCUACAAACAUGAAGAAUCAUCGUGUAUGAGGGCACAUCAUCGAUCAUCUACGGAUAAAAUCGAUGGGAAUGAUCAAAAAGUAACAUUAUCAUCAACAAAAUCCUGCUCACCACCAUCUUCUUUAAGUAGAAUACAAACAACGUCGUGCGUCACGGCAUCACCUACUAGCGUUAUCGUUCCUCGCCUAAGUCUCAAUCGCGACCAAAAGAAUUCAUCUUCGGCAUUUUCCGCGAUUAUUAGACAUACCAGAGUUCCGGACGAAUCCACAGUAUCUCCGCCAUCGAAACGUUUCUUCAGAGAGAAAACUCCAAGCGAAGAACGUGAGAGGAAAACAUCUGAUAAUACAACGAAAAAUCCAGAGUGUGUGUCCAGAAUGGUUAUUAGAACUUCCGUCAUAUCACCUAAUCCAGAACAUCUCAGUCGCUUCAACAACGAUAGCCAAAACUCUUCUAGCAGCUAUGAGUUUUCCGAUCCUACGAGAUCUUCCACAUUUUCCCAGCCGACAACGAUGACACUUAAUUUAGCUAUCGCAUAAAAUAAUCGCACAUCGAAGAAAAGAAGAACAUUUGUCCAAAACACUAAAACAAAACUACGGCAAGUAUUUCUAUCAAGUAACGAUAGCAAUAUUAUUGUACAUGAGUAUGCCAAAGAUUAUUUUAUAUUCACUGACGGUUAAUCUCUGGACUCGAAUGUGUAUCACAAGCAUAAAGAAACUACCAUUCAAAUCAAAAAAUAUGAAUAAUUAAAUAAUCGUUUCGUAGAGAUACAAAGACGUAAUUACUUGCUAGUAACUAGUGUCAUUCCUUAAUGUCAAUAUUAAGAUAAGUUCGUUAAGUUUUGACGGAAAACAUUUGAAAUUUUAUGCAAUGCAAAUACCCAUUUUUAUAUAGUAAAUAUAUAUAGAAUCAAUUUUGGAACAAGUUCAACGAACAUAAGAAAUAUUAUAGAGAUUACUUACGUCACAAAUAUUGUUCCAUGCACCUUCCUAAUUAGGGACCAUCUAGCACAUAGACAUAUUAACGAUAAAAUUAUAAAUUAUCAAUUUCUAGUGUUGUGCCUUAAAUACUAUUAAUACGUAGUUACAAUUUUCUAAAGACAUAUCAAGCAUUGUAUUAAGAAACAAAAGUAAUUUAUUAAUUUAAAGUGAAUUGCAGUGCCUAUAUACAUAUUUACCUUAGUAUUAAUUGCAUCGAUGCUCUUCUAAAUUUUCCAUGCUCUUCUCUAGGCAGCUAAAAAUUUCUUUUGAUUUAAUAAGAUUUAAAACUAACAGUAUAUUAAAGUGUAGAUUGCUAAUGAAUAUCAAUCGAAUUAUAGAUACUCAUAUAAUUAUGAAAUACUAAAAAAAUAAAUAAAAAGAAAAAAGAUAGAACUAUUUUUAUUCCGAGUAAUUUUUGUAUAAGAGAUCACGUUUUUGAGAAUUUGUAACUUUACAGUGCCUUGUUUAAAAUUUAUGUUAUGCGUUCAUAUUGAACCAUAUAUUUAAUAAGGGUAAUCAAAUUUGAAUUAUAAUUAUAUUCGAAGUGUAUAAAGUAAGUGGAAAACGGCAAAUAAUGUGGACAAAUGUAAUUUUCCUUCACAUUAAUCGCGUUUUUAAAUACGAACGCGUAUCGUCUGUGAUUCGAGUUUUCGUACGGAACUAGCGGCCAUAUGCAAUCUAAUGGCUCUCUGGUGUCGUAAUAUGUAAUUAAGAACUUUUCUUUGUUUUCGAUGCGUUAUCGAUCGUCGGUAACGAUAUGAGUGUAAACUAGUCUAAUCCGCUUUGCUAUUCUAAGCGCAAUCCGUUGAAUUUUCCUUAAUACAAACAUAAAAUAGUUCACACGUAUCUCUCAUUACUAUUUAUCAAUUUUUCUGUAUAAUUAGUUUGAUGAUGAUUUAAUAGAAACAAAAUUACUUCUCUAGUCUGAAAUAGAAACUUACAUAGCAAUGGUUGCACAAAAAAUUGAAUAGCGGCGGUUUUUAUAAUAAAGAUUUCACGUAAUUUAUCCAUUUUUUCACAGUAAACUCAUAUAUUAGAACAUGUACUUGUAGUAACCGGAAAUCAAAAAGUACAUGUAUCCUAGUCAUCAAUUUAUUAUGAUCAAACGUAGAACAUUAAAUUACAUCCAAAAUGUAAUACAUAUUACGUUGUAUAAUCAUAUAAAAUCACAUAUUGUAAAUAGCAUUCCUUACAUUAUAUGUUAAUAGUUAGAUUAUCACAAUAAUUAAUGCAGUUGUAAUGUAUUGUUGUUUUACGUAUAUAUGUAAUGUACCAUUUAUACAUUGGAGUGCCUAAGCAAACAUUUUACCAACUUUUUUACAAAUUGUGCAAGUUUUGUUUAUUAAAAUAAAAAAAAUAUAUGUAUAGCUACA